AUGAAUGAGGAAAUGGGCAAUUGUAAAGAGGCAAAUACCUUCUCUUUAGUUCCUCCCACUCUCGAUAUGCACGUCUUAGGCUCCAAAUGGGUGUUUCGAGUUAAACUUAAUGCAGAUGGCUCAUUAUACAAAUUUAAAGCCAGACUGGUGGCUCAAGGGUUCAAACAAGAAGAAGGUAUUGAUUACCUUGAGACCUACAGUCAUGUAGUAAGAACAACAACAGUUAGAUCAAUUCUUCACUUUGCAACAACAAUGAACUGGGAGAUUAAGCAAAUGGGUGUUAAAAUGCCUUUCUGCAUGUACCAUGACGGAGGAAUGUUCCUAUCGCAACAAAAAUAUGCUGAAGACCUGUUAGCCAUCGCCGGAAUGUCAUCGUGUGCUUCAGUUGCAACACCCCUUCCUCAACAACUGAAACGAAAACCACAACAAUCUAGUAACAAUGCUCAACCUACGCAUUCCGUACCAUUUGCUAACCCAAAAUACUUUUGCAGCUUGGCAGGACGUCUACAAUAUCUGACACUAACCAGACCAGACCUGCAAUUUUCUGUGAAUUAUGUAUGCCAAAAGAUGCAUGAACCCUCAGUAUCCGACUUCAAUCUCCUUAAGUGUAUUCUCCGAUACAUCAAAGGAACCACUACUAUGGGAAUCUCCUUUGACAUAUACUCAGACUCCAACCUUACAGCCUACAGUGAUAGUGACUACAUAGGAUGUGAGAAAUCUAGUCGCUCCACUGGCGGAUUCUGCACAUUCCUUGGUCGCAACAUGAUCUCUUGGUCAUCACGAAAGCAAGAGACAGUCUCCAAGAGCUCCACUGAAGCUGAAUACAGAGCAAUGUCUGAGACUGCCUCUAAAAUCACAUGA